UUACUUCUUCUAAGCUUUCUUAUUUCACCUGGAUUCUUACCUGGUUUCCUUUUUAAUUUUAUUUAUCGUUGCCAAAAUUUUACCUUGAAGCAGGCGGCGCCACUAUCGCUGUGCCUGCAUUCUCGAUUCCGUCUAGCGGAACUGCUGGAAUGGUUCGAUAACAAUUUAGUCUAGUAACAAAAGUGCUAUUUUUGUGAUUGCGAGAUAUUUGUGUUUCAUUUUCUGAAAAUAUUAAUUAUGGCGACGACUUCGCCGACUCUUAAAGACACUCUUGUUUAUUUGAAAAAGAAAUUGGAACGAACUACAGAUGAUGAAUCAAUUCUACGAAUCAUACACAAGAUGUCUAAAAUUCCAAUAACAAUAGAAUUGCUUCAGGGUACUGGAGCAGGUAAAAUUAUGAGAGUUAUGGCAAAAAAGCCUGGAAAUAUUGGCUCAAAAGCUUCUUCUGUGUUGAAUAAAUGGAGAGAUGUUGUAGCCAACUCGCAGAAAUCAAGUGACCCAUCUUCUUUGAAAGAAAACGAUCACCCAAAAGCGAUGCUACAUCACUCUAGUUCCAAAUCACAUCACAAGUCUGAAAAAGAAACUAAAAAAUCUGAAAAGCAUAAUGAAGAGAAAUAUCUUAAAAAAGAAAAACAUAGUAAAGAUCUACAUUCUGAAAACAGACAUAGCAAUUCUGAGCAUUCAAAGGAAAAGUUAAAAAUGCUUUCUAAGGAAGAGAAGCAUUAUAAAGAGAAACAUUCAACAAAAAGACCUUCAAAUGAAGAACUGGAACACGAAUUAAAGAAAAAGCAUGCUAAGGAAAAAGAUAUGAAAAUAAAUUACAAAGUUGAGCAUUCUAAACAUUCCAUCAAACAUAAUGGGGAAAGUCAUUCUAGUAAAAAGAAUACAAAUAAAAAUAAAUUAAGUUCUCCUUCUAAAAGUGAAAAAAUUUCAUCAAAACACUCUUCUAGCUUUCUACAGAAAAACCUUUAUGAUGAAGAUGAUGAUUCUGAUUCUGAGUAUGCUAAUGCAUUUUCAAAUAAUGAGCAAGAAGUUCCUGCUUCCAACAAUUUUGAGAAUGCUCAUAACAGUGAUUCUUCUUCCUCCUUUGAAUCUUCUCCUAAAAAGUCUAGAACCUCUGAAACUGAUUCCUAUAAACCAAGUAGUGAAUCAAGGACACAUUCAAAUAAAGAUUUGAAAAGUUCUAGUGAUUUUGAAAAGCUUUCUAAGAAAAAACUUGUGAAAGAUGGUGAAUCAAGUAAAAAGAGUUCCUCUAGUGAAAGAGCUAAAGAGGAAAGAACAAAUAAUAAAUCUAAGACCAAAAAAACUGUUAAAAAAAGCUUAAAAAUGUUAUCAACUGAGGAAUUUACUUCUUCAGAAGCCACAUUCGAAGACUGCUUAAGUUUUAAUGAUAUUGUGCCCUUAAAGAAAAAGAAAAAUUCAAAACUUGUUUCUAGUUCUUUGUCAAAAAAAGUAAAAGAAAUUUCUAAGGAUAUUGAACAUAGUAGUAAAGUGAAAAAUUCAAAGGACAGUUACUCUUCACCCAUUCCCAGUGAAAAAGAAAAGAAUGAUUUGAAAGUACCCGAAGAAACAGCAGUAAAAUAUACAUCACCAGAAAAAUGUGUUGAUAUAGCAUCUACAUUACCACAGACACAACCAAAUUAUAGGCCUCUUCCACAACGAAACUAUGAUUUCAGUCCCAUAAAGAAACGAGAAAACAUGUCUAAUGAAGAUGCCAUAAAAUUUACGUCUUCCCGCAAGGAAAAAACUGCAGUAUAUUCUGGAAGAAAAAAUAAGAGUAACUAUUUAACAGCGGUACCAACUUUGUUUGAAUGCUGCACAAGGGUUCUUAUAGAAAAUAUUGAUGACAUUGAAUAUAUGGGUGAGAUCCCUUAUUUCCUCUUAGAAUCAAUGCUUCAAAGAUGCACUCCAUCACAGUUAUACAGAAUUGAAGAUUUUAAUCCUUACUUAUUAGAAGAUACUAAUGAACUAUGGGAAGUUCAUUGUAAAAGGGACUAUCGCACAGCAAAACCUCAAGAAAAUGAAACUUGGCGAGAAUUAUAUUGGCGCUCGCAUGAUGAACGUGAACAGCGAUUGAGAAGUGUAACUGCAAAUAUUUCUGCCUUGAUUGCUAAUUCUAAUCCAACUCGAAAGGCUAAACUGGCAUAUGUUGAUUCUGUAGUUAAACCUCCUCGCGACGUUGCACGUAGGCAAGCAAAGCAUGGAACUGCUUUACCAACAAAUCAUACUGUCAAGGCUGGCCCUGCUACAAAAGAUUGCCCUAGACCAACAGCUCCAUCUAUUAACUCAGCAAAUUCAGCUGCAUCAACUAGUCGUCCACGAGCUGAAGCCAAACCAAUGAAACCUAAAAUAGCUCCUUUAAUGGCUAAAACAUUGAAGAGUAUGAAGAAAUGCUUUCGCCGGUGAAAUAAAAAAUAAA